CAGCAACAAAAAUUGCACUAGGCGUGCAUAGGGGAACUCGAAACGUUUCUCUUUACUUGCUAACAUCGGUUGGAAGAGCAUUACUUCAUAUUAUAAAGCCUACUUCCAAGCGAUGACUUUUGUACGCAAAGUAUAUUCGACAAUGCUAGUUGGUGAAUAUGUCCAACUUGACGCGUAUUACUCCCCCAGCAAGCCCCUAAACAGCAGUUGUUGACAGACAGGCUAUGUGGAGUGAAUCAACGUGACUUUGACAACACGAUCUCAACAAUAGCGUCAUCAGCGCUGUGUACGUUGGAUCCCGCUGGCUUAUUUAGCCACAAGGAAGGACCACCAUGUUGUGUUGGGGCAAUGCCUCCUACGGCCAGCUCGGUUUGGGAGGCAUUGAUGAAGAGAUAGUGGUGGAGCCAAGGAAAUGUGACUUCUUCCACGGGAAGCGAGUGCGCGAUGUAGGCUGCGGACGCAAGCACACAGCCUUUGUGCUGGACGAUGGAACAGUAUACACGUGUGGCUGUAAUGAUCUAGGUCAACUGGGCCAUGAGAAGUCCCGGAAGAAACCAGAGCAGGUUGUGGCUCUGGAUGCUCAGAUCAUUGUAGCGGUGUCUUGCGGAGAGUCACAUACGCUUGCCUUGAAUGACAGCGGACAGGUUUUCUCAUGGGGCCUAGGCUCAGAUGGGCAGUUGGGCUUAAACAACUUUGAAGAAUGUUUUCGUGUGCCUAGAAACAUCAAGACUUUGACUGAUGUUCAAAUCACUCAGGUAGCCUGUGGGUACUGGCACUCACUCGCACUUUCAAAAGGGAGCCAAGUUUUCUCCUGGGGUCAGAAUCGAUACGGACAACUCGGGCUCGGAGUAAAUGGACAAAGCAUUUCCACACCCCAAAUUGUCCAGUCUUUGCAGGGCAUUCCUUUUGCUCAAAUAGCAGCAGGAGGAGCUCACAGCUUUGCCCUCACUCUCUCGGGAGCGGUGUUCGGUUGGGGUCGGAACAAGUUCGGUCAGCUGGGUCUCAAUGACAGCAAUGACCGAUCUUUUCCAGCCCUGCUGAAGUCGCUCAGAUCGCAGAGAGUGAUUUUUGUCUCCUGUGGAGAAGAUCACACAGCAGCCCUGACAAAGGAAGGGGGCGUCUUUACAUUCGGAGCGGGAGGAUAUGGUCAGCUAGGGCAUAGCUCUACAAAUCAAGAAAUCAACCCAAGGAAAGUGUUUGAACUCAUGGGAAACAUUGUGACGCAAAUUGCAUGUGGAAGACAGCACACGCUAGCUUUCACACCCUCGUGCGGAAAGAUGGACUCAUUCGGUCUGGGCGGGAACGGGCAACUUGGGACGCGCUCUAGCUGCAACAGAAAAAGCCCAGGUCCCGUGAAGGGUCCCUGGAUACUGUCUGCUGAGUCGGAUGAUACAGUCAUGUAUCAGGACUGUUGUAUCAAGAGGAUUUAUGCAGGAGGAGAUCAAAGCUUUGCUCAUUAUUGUACUGCAAAUAGUCUACAAAACGCUGAUAAUAUGGCGACACCCGAAAGUCCGCGAAGAGUUUGUACCUUGAAUGAGGAAACUGUACAAAAAUGGCUGAAUCACACACCGGGAAGACUGCCGCUAGAAAUCUCCAGUGAGAUUGAUUUGGUGUUCUCAACUGCAAGCUGCCUAAAUGGAUCCUUUUUGUCUAUGAGUCAUCCAGAUCACUACACUACCAGCAGUAAAUGUUCAGGGACAGAUAUGAACAUGGCCCGUCUCUUAUUUCACAGACUGAUUACACCGGACUACCCUGAGAUUUCCCAACAGAUUGCUGCAAGUUUGGAGAAGAAUCUCAUUCCCAGACUAAGCAACUCCCCUCCAGACAUAGAAGCACUGAGACUCUACCUCACUCUUCCAGAAUGUCCUCUUUUCAGUGAUCCCAAUAAUUUUGUGACUAUCGCCAUCCCGUUUGCCAAAUCACUCCUCAGUCUCAAAGAAGCUGCACUUAAAGUGCUAGGAAACUGGUGGUCCACAUUAGAGCACCAAGUCUUCCAGCGGCUGGUGGAGUUGUACAAAGAAGUGGUGGUGUACCUGCUCCAGAUGCACAAGGUGGGAAUUCCGUCAACAGAGCAAAGAAUUUUCACCUGUUUUCUGGACACGUCACUCCGAUUGUUGGAGAUCCUCCACAUGGUGAAUGAGAGAGCUGGUCACAUCAUCCAAUAUGACAAAUUCUACAUACAUGAGUUGGAUGACUUGAUAGACAUCAGAAAUGACUACAUCACAUGGAUUCAGAGACAAAUGUACCCAGUGGGUCAUGACGGCGUGGUGACUAUGUGCAGGUAUCCCUUUGUGUUCGAUGCCCCGGCAAAGACUACUCUGCUACAGACCGAUGCUGUCCUACAAAUGCAGAUGGCUGUAGAUCAGGCUCAAAUGCAAAAUUUGAGUUCCAUGUUCUUGCCUGCUGUGGAAUCUGUAAACCCCUGCCUCAUCCUCAUUGUACGGAGAGAAAAUAUCGUUGGAGACACCAUGGAAGUUCUCAGGAAGUCCAAAAAUGUUGACUACAAGAAACCACUCAAGGUUAUCUUUGUGGGAGAAGAGGCCGUGGAUGCAGGUGGUGUGAGAAAGGAAUUCUUUCUCCUGAUUAUGAAAGAGCUACUAGAUCCAAAGUACGGGAUGUUCCGUUACCACGAGGACUCCAGGCUACUAUGGUUUUCCAGCAAGACUUUUGAGGACAUCGAUUUGUUUAACCUCAUCGGAGUCAUAUGCGGCCUGGCCAUUUACAACCUCACCAUUGUGGAGCUCAACUUUCCAGUGGCUCUGUAUAAGAAGCUUCUGAAGAGGAAUCCCACGUUAGAUGAUCUGAAGGAGCUCAUGCCAGAUGUGGGAAGGAGUCUUCAAUUGUUAUUGGACUACCAUGAAGAUGAUCUUGAGGAAACCUUCUGCUUAAACUUCACCAUCACGGAGGAAAACUAUGGCGCCACAGAAGUGUUGGAACUCAUACCCAACGGUGAAAACAUCACUGUCAAUAAAUCCAACAGGCAAGACUUUGUCAACGCAUACGUCGACUACACGUUCAACACCUCGGUCGCCCCACUCUUCGAGUGCUUUUAUGCAGGCUUCCACAAGGUUUGCGGAGGCAAAGUUCUGGAGUUGUUCCAGCCCAACGAACUGCAAGCCAUGGUGAUCGGCAACACAAACUACGACUGGACCGAACUUGAAAAGAGCACUGAAUAUAAAGGAGAGUACUGGGCAGACCAUCCUACCAUCAAGCUCUUCUGGGAAGUGUUCCACAACCUUCCUUUAGAGAAGAAGAAAGAGUUCCUCUUGUUCCUCACAGGAAGUGACCGCAUACCCAUCUUGGGCAUGAAAAGCCUUAAACUUGUGAUCCAACCAACCAGCGGAGGUGAACAUUACUUGCCCGUGGCCCACACGUGCUUCAACCUCUUGGACCUGCCCAAAUACACCAAUGCGCCAACGCUGCGCGAGAAGCUUCUUCAAGCGAUAGAUCAUAAUCAAGGCUUCAAUCUAGCAUGAAGCCGUCAAACAUUUUGCUUUGCGGACUGUAUUCGUAGCUAUGGAGCAAGUACUGCUCGGGAAAAAAAAAGGUCAAUAAUUCUUUGCUGUCCACUUUGUUUUACUUGAGUUUUUUUUUUUUUUGCUUUUUACAAAGCUCUCAUAGUAUUUUGCUAAGUAAAACACCCAACAAAAGGGGUCUUAUAAUAGGUUUUCUGCAUUCAUUGUUGGGAUACGGCAAGUACAAGGGGGCAAAGAAAUGUUAUCUUCUAAACGACACCAAAUAAAAAGAUGGGAGUCUGAAUUGACCAGAUUCAAAAGAACACUUGCGGGCAUUCCUUCGCAAAAUGUCGUUUCUGUUAUAUAUGAUUAAAGUUGACAGGAGCUAAAGGCCGUUAUGCAUGACGUGUGUAAUAGACCAGAUUUUACUAACCUAUGUUUUACAUACAUUCUGUUGUUAUAUUUGAUGCAGAGCCAAACGAAACAUUUGCCUGGAGUGCAUCUUGGUUGAGAAGAUUAAAAGCGGUCAAAUCAAUUUAUGCUGGUCAUUGUUGGACGACAAUUAGAACUAGAAAACGCCAUUUCUGGAGAAAUGGCAAUGGUAGCUUUGCUGUGAUGGCUGGUAUUUGGCAGGGAACACAAACACAAAGCUAUUUUGACUGUACCCACCAAGUGGUGGAAAGUAACCAAGUAGAAGUACAUUUUUGUGUAUCUGUACUUAACUUGAGCACACAUAUGAAAUGGUACUUUUUACUUUUACUCCACUACUUUUCAAAUUGUCACCUGCAUUAAACGUUAUAAUUGUUUAGGUUUUUCCUCAUUGUGGAUGGGCUCAGUUUUCAUGCCUCCGGUGCAAUCAAUAAGCCCCGUGCAAAUGUACCACUUGGGAAUGGCGUGGCUCAGUGGUAGUGUAGUUGUAGCCAAACCGGAGGUUGUGGGUUCAAUUCUCUCCCCUGAUGAACUUGUCUAAGUAUCCUUAUGUAUGAGCAAGAUACUGAACCCCACGUUGCUUUUGGUGAGGAUACAGUGUAAAAGCGCUUUGAGGGCCUUAAAGGUGGAAAUGCGCAAUACACCAUUUACUCUUACUGAGCACUAGAGGGAGCCACACAAGCAGGUGAACAGGAUAUUGACCAUUAAAACAACAGUGAGAGCAGCGCGCUUUCAAGUGGGUGCUGUGCACUCUUGUACAGUAGGUGGGGGUAUGCACCUGAUAGUUGCUUGCAAUCCGCCAUUAAGUUUUUUGAGCUUUUGAAGCUCAGUCAAUUUUAUUUUUUCCCCAUUACAUACCGUAUUGGCCCAAAUAUAAGACGACCACCUCUUUUUCUAGACAAGUUUGAAAAAAAAAAAUACUUUUUGAACACCAAAUGAAUUUUUAUACAGAAAAUAAUCACAGUACAUCUGAAAGAAAUGAUUAUAACAAUAUAUUUGAGAGAAAAAUCAUGUUAUUUUGCCUCAUUCAAAUCUUAAUAUCUGAACAUUUAAAUAUGUAAAGUGCAAUCACAUUCGUAAAUGAAUGGCUUCUGGUUUUUGAAAUGUAAAUAAAGCAAUCUAUUGUGAUAAAACAACAAACUUGCAAUAACUGCAUUACCCAUCAAAGUGAAGUCUAACUAACUGUAGUCUUGAAACAAAUCUGAAUAAGGAAAAACAUUGCAAUAAAAUAAUACAAACGGAUUAAACUUGAGAGUAGCUGACAUCUGUCAUGACAGAACAUUACGCAAGUUCAGCAUUCGCUCAAUUGGUAUCUGGCGCCAUCUAGCGUCGUGAUUGGGUAUAAUGUCUAGACCUCAAAUAUAAGACCCGCUUUUUCAGUCUUAUUUCAAUGCAAAAAAACACCAUCUGAUAUUCGGGCCAAUUUGGUAAUAUAAAAUGUGUAUGAAGGAAAACACUCGGAUGACUUGAAGUUGGCUAAUUUUCAAAAUUGUCCUAGUAUAUGCAUCUGUGAUGCAUCAUUGAAAAGCUUAAAAUCUGUCUGGGGAAGAAAAUUUUUGAGCAGGAGGGCAUUUGGAAAAAAAAACAAAAAAACAAUUAACCCCUAAACCCUAACUCAAGGCGAGAGAGCAUGAGAGAGCAUAAUUAAAGACACCAUGAUUUUAACAACGUAUUAGCGCGUACUUAGGGGUCCCUUAUUUCGAUCCCAAAACGCCGUGUAACAUGUCUCACAGAAUGUCAAGACACAGUUGUGAAUGGCCACAGCCGGACUUUUGGGGGAUUUUAUGGGUGAAACACGGUAUUAUAACAAGGGUCGCGAUGCAGAAAUAGCAAACAUCAAGGAGUGGUCGGGAUUUUCUUUUUCAAAUAUUUACCCUUUUAAACGUUUUUUUUUUUUGGUCAUUAUUUGGAUCUAUUAUCUAAAAUAUGGGAAAUGCAACUAACAAAAAAAAUACAAUCAAGCACUAUUUACAAACUUUUUUUUAUUGUGACUUAAUUUGUUUAUUCACCCGCACAUUUUAAACUUAAUUUUUUAAAGUAGUUUUUUUUUUUUUUAGAUAAAUAUUAGAUGAAUGAUUCUAAGCUUUAAAAAGAUAUUUAAAAUAAAUAUUAUUACCUUCAUUUUAUGGCUGGGUUGAAAGAAAAGCGGUUGCGCGGUGUCCGUAAAUGGGGGGUCUCCAGGGUAAAACAGACAAAUUAAAAAUAUAUCAGAGGCUUAAUGUGCCAUGAAACUGCUAUUGCAACAUACACAACAGUUCUUUGGUUUUAAAUCACAGCAGUUUAUUUCAAAGAGGGGUGCAAGAGCAGAAACUGCUUUUUCAGCUUUGUGUUUUCCGCCAAAUAUAUUCUUGCAUAGGGAGAAAAUCGUUUUAUUUGUAAAUUUGAAAGCAAGUAGUUUGGUACUUGAGUAUUUAUU